ACAGUCAGCUGGCGCUGGGGGGCCGCGCGCCCUGAGGAGACUCUCCCUGUGGAGUCCCACGCGCCCCGGGACCCCCGCUGCCCUCCUUGGGAGCAGUCCCCAGCCUGCUGCUCCGCCCUCAGGGUUGGCUGGCCUCUCCGCCUGCCUUUUGCUCAGAACCCUGUGUCAUUUUCUCCCUCUGGAGGCCCGAGACUCUCCCUGUCACUGUCUGCAUCUCUGUCCCCAUCUCUCAAUCUCAUGCUGAGUCUCUCUGUCUCCAGCUGCCUGUCACUGUGUUUGUGUCUCUGUGACUCUCAUUUCUUUUUUUCUGUCUCCUGCUGUCUCUGUGUGGGAUUCCUUGUCUCUCUGUCCCUGCCCUCCCUCUCCUAUCUGAACCCUGGUCUCUGUGUCCCUUAGGGCUUAUCAAACCCUUCUCCCCAGAGUCACCGGGAGGAGAGCCGGGACUGGACACAAGCCAGGGCUGGGACAAUGGCAGUGCCUAGUCUGUGGCCCUGGGGAGCAUGCCUGCCUGUGAUCUUCCUCUCCUUGGGAUCUGGCCUGGAUACAGUAGAGGUGUGCCCCAGCCUGGACAUUCGCUCAGAGGUGGCAGAGCUUCGUCAGCUGGAGAACUGCAGCGUGGUGGAGGGCCACCUGCAGAUCCUGCUCAUGUUCACAGCCACCGGGGAGGACUUCCGCGGCCUCAGCUUCCCUCGCCUCACCCAGGUCACCGACUACCUGCUGCUCUUCCGUGUCUACGGACUGGAGAGCCUGCGCGACCUCUUCCCCAACCUAGCAGUCAUCCGCGGGAUGCGCCUCUUCCUAGGCUAUGCACUGGUCAUCUUUGAGAUGCCACAUCUGCGUGACGUGGCACUGCCUGCGCUUGGGGCCGUGUUGCGUGGGGCUGUGCGUGUGGAGAAGAACCAGGAGCUCUGCCACCUCUCCACCAUUGACUGGGGACUGCUGCAGCCAGCACCUGGAGCCAACCACAUCGUGGGCAACAAGCUGGGCGAGGAGUGUGCUGACGUGUGCCCUGGUGUGCUGGGUGCUGCUGGUGAGCCCUGUGCCAAGACCACCUUCAGCGGGCACACUGACUACAGAUGCUGGACCUCCAGCCACUGCCAGAGAGUGUGCCCCUGCCCCCAUGGGAUGGCUUGCACAGCAAGGGGCGAGUGCUGCCACACCGAAUGCCUGGGGGGCUGCAGCCAGCCAGAAGACCCUCGUGCCUGUGUAGCUUGCCGCCACCUCUACUUCCAGGGUGCCUGCCUGUGGGCCUGCCCGCCAGGCACCUACCAGUAUGAGUCCUGGCGCUGUGUCACAGCUGAGCGCUGUGCCAGCCUGCACUCUGUGCCCGGCCACGCCUCCACCUUCGGCAUACACCAGGGCAGUUGCCUGGCCCAGUGCCCUUCUGGCUUCACCCGUAACGGCAGCAGCAUAUUCUGCCACAAGUGCGAGGGGCUGUGCCCUAAAGAGUGCAAGGUAGGCAUCAAGACCAUCGACUCCAUCCAGGCGGCACAGGAUCUUGUGGGCUGCACGCAUGUGGAGGGAAGCCUCAUCCUCAACCUUCGCCAGGGCUACAACCUGGAGCCACAGCUGCAGCACAGCCUGGGGCUGGUAGAAACCAUUACUGGCUUCCUCAAAAUCAAGCACUCCUUUGCCCUCGUGUCCCUGGGCUUUUUCAAGAACCUCAAACUAAUCCGGGGAGACGCCAUGGUGGAUGGGAACUACACUCUCUACGUGCUGGACAACCAGAACCUACAACAGCUAGGGUCCUGGGUGGCCGCGGGGCUCACCAUUCCCGUGGGCAAGAUCUACUUCGCCUUCAACCCCCGCCUCUGCUUGGAGCACAUCUACCGACUGGAGGAGGUGACAGGCACGCGAGGUCGGCAGAACAAGGCUGAGAUCAACCCCCGCACCAACGGAGACCGCGCCGCCUGCCAGACUCGCACCCUGCGCUUCGUGUCCAACGUGACGGAGGCAGACCGCAUCCUGCUACGCUGGGAGCGCUAUGAGCCACUGGAGGCCCGCGACCUGCUCAGCUUCAUCGUGUACUACAAGGAGUCCCCAUUCCAGAAUGCCACAGAGCACGUGGGUCCAGAUGCUUGUGGAACCCAGAGCUGGAACCUGCUGGAUGUGGAGCUGCCCCUAAGCCGCACCCAGGAGCCAGGGGUGACCCUAGCCUCCCUCAAGCCUUGGACACAGUACGCAGUGUUUGUGCGGGCCAUCACACUAACCACUGAGGAGGACAGCCCCCAUCAAGGAGCCCAGAGUCCCAUCAUCUACCUCCGAACGCUGCCUGCAGCUCCCACGGUGCCCCAAGACGUCAUCUCCACGUCCAACUCCUCUUCCCACCUCCUGGUGCGCUGGAAGCCACCGACCCAGCGCAAUGGGAACCUCACCUACUACCUGGUGCUCUGGCAGCGGCUGGCAGAGGACGGCGACCUCUACCUCAAUGACUACUGCCACCGCGGCUUGCGGCUGCCCACCAGCAACAACGAUCCGCGCUUCGACCGCGAAGACGGGGAUCCUGAGGCCGAGAUGGAGUCUAACUGCUGCCCUUGCCAGCACCCACCUCCUGGUCAGGUUCUGCCCCCGCUGGAGGCGCAAGAGGCCUCGUUCCAGAAGAAGUUUGAAAACUUUCUACACAACGCAAUCACCAUCCCCAUAUCCCCUUGGAAGGUGACGUCCAUCAACAAGAGCCCCCAAAGGGACUCAGGGCGGCACCGCCGGGCAGCUGGGCCCCUCCGGCUGGGGGGCAACAGCUCGGAUUUCGAGAUCCAGGAGGACAAGGUGCCCCGUGAGCGAGCGGUGCUGAGCGGCCUGCGCCACUUCACGGAAUACCGGAUCGACAUCCAUGCCUGCAACCACGCGGCGCACACCGUGGGCUGCAGCGCCGCCACCUUCGUCUUUGCGCGCACCAUGCCCCACAGAGAGGCUGAUGGUAUUCCAGGAAAGGUGGCCUGGGAAGCCUCCAGCAAAAACAGUGUCCUCCUGCGCUGGCUAGAGCCACCAGACCCCAAUGGACUCAUCCUCAAGUACGAAAUCAAGUACCGCCGCUUGGGAGAGGAGGCCACAGUGCUGUGUGUGUCCCGUCUUCGAUAUGCGAAGUUUGGGGGAGUCCACCUGGCCCUGCUGCCCCCUGGAAACUACUCUGCCAGGGUUAGGGCAACCUCGCUGGCUGGCAAUGGCUCUUGGACAGACAGUGUUGCCUUCUACAUCCUUGGCCCAGAGGAGGAGGAUGCUGGGGGGCUGCAUGUCCUCCUCACUGCCACCCCUGUGGGGCUCACGCUGCUCAUCGUUCUUGCUGCCCUUGGUUUCUUCUACGGCAAGAAGAGAAAUAGAACCCUGUAUGCUUCUGUGAAUCCGGAGUACUUCAGCGCCUCUGAUAUGUACAUCCCUGAUGAAUGGGAGGUGCCUCGGGAGCAGAUCUCGAUAAUCCGGGAACUGGGCCAGGGCUCUUUUGGGAUGGUAUAUGAGGGGCUGGCACGAGGACUUGAGGCUGGAGAGGAGUCCACACCCGUGGCCCUGAAGACAGUGAAUGAGCUGGCCAGCCCACGGGAAUGCAUUGAGUUCCUCAAGGAAGCUUCUGUCAUGAAAGCCUUCAAGUGUCACCAUGUGGUGCGUCUCCUGGGUGUGGUGUCUCAGGGCCAGCCAACUCUGGUCAUCAUGGAGUUAAUGACCCGUGGGGACCUCAAGAGCCAUCUUCGAUCUUUGCGGCCUGAGGCAGAGAACAACCCUGGGCUCCCACAGCCAGCAUUGGGGGAAAUGAUCCAAAUGGCUGGUGAGAUUGCGGACGGCAUGGCCUACCUUGCUGCCAACAAGUUUGUGCACCGAGAUCUAGCAGCCCGCAACUGCAUGGUGUCCCAGGACUUCACCGUCAAGAUCGGGGACUUCGGGAUGACUCGGGACGUGUAUGAGACAGACUAUUACCGCAAGGGUGGGAAGGGACUGCUGCCCGUGCGCUGGAUGGCCCCCGAGUCCCUCAAAGAUGGGAUCUUCACCACCCACUCGGAUGUCUGGUCCUUCGGCGUGGUACUCUGGGAGAUUGUGACCCUGGCUGAACAACCCUACCAGGGCCUGUCCAAUGAGCAGGUGCUGAAGUUUGUCAUGGAUGGCGGGGUCCUGGAGGAGCUGGAUGGCUGUCCCCUUCAGCUGCAUAAUGGCCCACGAUCCCCACUCCCACCAACUGACCCUCAGUGCAGGAGGCUGAGAGUGCGGCAGGGGCUCCCGGAUGCCUCUGACCCUGCUCCCCACACCCACCAGGCAGGAGCUGAUGAGCCGCUGCUGGCAGCCGAACCCACGCCUGCGCCCAUCUUUCACACACAUCCUGGACAGCAUACAGGAGGAGCUGCGGCCCUCCUUUCGCCUCCUCUCCUUCUACUACAGCCCGGAGUGCCGGGGGACCCGGGGCUGCCUGCCUCCCACCGAUGCAGAGCCUGACUCCUCACCCACCCCAAGAGACUGCAGCCCUCAAAAUGGGGGUCCGGGGCACUGAGGGGCACCUCAUUCCCUGGCUGGCUGGCCUCCCAUGGGGAGAGAGGAAGAGACCCGACCUCUGUGGCUGAGAUGCCUGAAUGUUCACCCCCACCCCCGCUCAGGGCAAGGGGUGGCCGAGGGUGGGGCAGAGAACAGGACCAGGGAAGGCUGUGGGGGUGGGCAGAGGAGUCUCACCAUAGGAGUUUCUCAGAUUCUGAGUCCCUUGGGGGAAAGAAAGCAGGGUCAAAACCGGAGGAGUAGAGAUCAGGUCAGGGACAGACGUCCUGCCCUCAGAGCAAGGGACCCCACUCAGACUAGGAAGAGGGGGCCCGCCCACCCUAGAGGCCCUGCCCCUCAGUUUGGGGUCUCCUCUGGACAGGUAGGGCCACUGACAUGUUUGAAAUCAGAUGAGCAAUCAGAAGCAGGCCUGGGGCACUCUCCAUGCAUGUGUGGGAAGGGGGCGGGGGGUCCACAUGACUGCCUUGCUUGCCACUGCUUUUCACCUCCUCCCCUCAGCUCCACUGACCAGGUGGCAUGGGGAGAACCCAGGGGCCUGGGGAGUGGUUCCCAGCCUCCCCACCCUCACCUCCUCCUCUCCUCUUGCCCCGCCCAGGGCUCCCCAAGCUUGGUGCUCCUUCCUCCUUUCCUCCAGGGGCAUCCCUUGGAGUACAGUCACCCUUUCUCUAGUUCCUCCCCUCAAUGAUUAGCCCUGCAUGCUUAAGGCUUUCAGAGCCUCAUCUUCCUCCCUCCCCUCACCCUCACCCAGCCCCACCCCCACCCCUGCCUCUCAUGGGAAGACUGGAGAAGGCACAAUAAAUGCUGAGGCCCGUUUGUACCCUGGUCCCAGGCAGCCCAUUAUCUCUCCAUCUACAUGGUGUUAACACUGGAUGAACUUCCUUUCUCCGUCCUCUGGGACUCGAGGUGGUGACCCUAAGGCAGAGACACAGGAUAAAUACACUGCUGUCAAACACCACCUCCAUGAGGACCCGAGCAGCCAAGGUUGCCAUGGCAGUGAGGCAGGGCAAUCUUGCUAUUAUCUCCUGCUCAGGACCAGAAGUGGUUGAGCCCGGCAGGGAACCUUUGUGUCUGGCCUCCAAGCAGAACCAACCAGUCCCCAACACCUCAUCUUAAUUUCUUCCCUUGUUGUGUUUGUUAUAUCGGUCCACUGGGUAGGUAUUUUCUGGAGUGUCAUAGGACAGACUUUAAGUGGGCAGACAUGGGGCAGGGGAGAGGCCCUGAUGACAUCACCUCUUCAUGCCAGAUGCCCCCACCCAAGCCAGGGAACACACAGCAGGGCAGGGUCUGUGCGUCUGGCACCCUGUGGUUAUCCUGGGAGGCCAGAAUCUCAGUGUUCAUCGCACGUGUAGAGACACCAUUGAGGCAUGUGGAUGUUGCACAGGAGAGCCAGCUCCCAGGCUUUUCUGCCAGUGCCAUGAGGGCAUUUGAAAGGGAAGGGUUGCAAAAGAAUGACUUCAAACCUUGACGAAGGGGGUGGCAGCGGGAGGGGCUGCCCAUGGCUCAGAACUCUUUAGUUUCCUGCACCCAGGGGCUUGGGGCAUAGCUGCCAUGCCACACACAUGCCACACGCUCUGGGUCUGGCGAGAUGAGCCUUUCUGUGCACCCUUGCUCACGCCCGCCAGCAGCUGUCCUGCAAACCACAGCUCCCUCACACCAGAGUGGAGUGGGCACGAGUCUGCGUGAGGCCGUCUCUAUGACAACAACUACCCUGUUACCCCCACAGUGUCAGGGUGGGCAGCAAGGACCGCCUGUGUGGAGCCCCACCCCUCCCCUGCCCUGCAUUGGUGACUGAAGCAACAGUGACCCCUAAUGGUUACCAGCAGAACCGCAGCUAAGGGAAAAGUUGGGGAGUUUGGGCUACCCUGCCUUCUGUUGCUGGGUCUCUGAGAGGCCUCCAGGAGGGUGGAAGGGUAGACAGACUCCACGCAAGCCCUGGCUCUAAGACCUGCACACUCACACAGAGCACACAGGCAUGCCUGCAUUUUUACACGCCUGCAGGGCAGCAGUGGGGUCAACCCCUCUCCCCACUACCUAUGCCCCCUAACCCUCACAGUGCCGAUCGUCUGGAUGUGGAAGAGCUUAAGGAAGGGAUUGGAAGUCUAAGAAAAGAGGGCUUCAGAAAUAUGCCGUCGGGGCUGCACCUGCAAAGAUGGGCAGGUGGUGGCUGGCCCAGAAGUACUUCUGGGGGAAGGAUGUAGGGAUGCUAGGAAAUAAGCUCUAUUGCUGUCCGAGUCCUAGAAAAGAAGCGGAUUUAACUAGGUAGCAAGAUAGAUGGAGGUUGGACUUCAGGAGGGACUUCCCAACGUUACAGGGAAGCUUUGGGGAGGGAAGAUAUGUCUCCUAUCUGAGAGACAGUUGCAGACAGACAACAGGUUGACCUGGAGAAGGAAGGAUGAACACCUACCACAGAGGCAGAACAGUAAAUGCAGCGACUAAAAUACAGAAACACCCGUCUUGGUCCCCCUCCUCUUCCCCAGAUUCAGACAGAACUCCAGAAAAAAAAACCUGUAGCUGGCUGGGAGAAGACAGGUGAGCAUAAAAGAAGGGAAUGUUUACCAUCCAUCCCUCAUGUGGGCAGCAAGCCAUCCAGGUGCCGAGGCAAGAGACCGAGGGCACAAGCUGUUCCAGUAUAAUAAGAUAUAUAAAACAACAAGAGUUAUACUAGAUCUAGAUCAUAGACAUGAUUAUAUAUGAAUAUCAUUAAUCAUUAAUUAUCCGGAGGCCUAACCGUCUCCCUGUGAUGCUGUGCUUCAGUGGUCACGCUCCUAGUCUGCCUUCAUGUUCCAUCCUGUACACCUGGCUCUGCCUUCCAGAUAACAGUAGCAAAAUUAGUGAAAGUACUAAAAGCCUCUGAUAUGCAGAAAUAAUGGCAUAAGCUGUCUUUCUCUCUGUCUCCUCUCUCUCUCUGCCUCAGCUGCCAGGCAGGGAAGGGCCCCCUGUCCAGUGGACACAUGACCAACAUGACCUUACCUAUCAUUGGAGGUGACUCACACUCUUUACCCUGCCCCUUUUGCUUUGUAUCCAAUAAAUAACAGUGCAGCCAGACAUUCGGGGCCACUACCAGUCUCCGCGCAUCGGUGGUAGUGGUCCCCCGGGCCCAGCUGCCUUUUCUCUUA